CGGCCAUCUAGUUCAUGGACAACAAGAGUCUACGACCACUAGAUGCAGCUGACUCAACUAAUCUUAGAGCAAGUUUCAUUGAAUUGGCAAUAUAAAUCAAGCAAAGAAAAAAAAAAAACAAGCGAACACCAAAAAAAGAUUGAGGUAAACUGAGCUUCUGAUUUUUUUUUGGAGAUUGUUUUUUUUAUACCACGGGUUUUCACUGUUUUACUCUUCCAAUCAUCCAUUGGACCUAGCGUAUAGUCCAGCCCUCCAGCCACUGGUAACCUAACUAUUCAUUGAAUUAUCCAUAUAAGUUGAUUGAAGCCCAAAUCGAUUUAUUUGAUUUAACCGCGCUCAUAUACGUGUUAGCUGAAACCCUGGUUAAAUAAACAUCAGUAUGGAGACUUUGGAGAUCCAUUCGAAGGAUUUCCUUGUUAAGUGGGUUCAUGCUUCAGAUAAUUCCUUUAUUGAUUGGCAAGUCAAACCGUUGAAAAAAUCCAUCAACUUUGCUAUAUAUAAGAAGAAUCUUGAAGAUGAAGGGUUUGAUACUGCAAGUUCGGCAACUUUAAAGAAUGACGAUACUCAGACCAUUAAUGGGUCCUUCAAGCAGAGUCACAAGAAUGUUGAUAGUCCUGAUAACCUUGGUCGAGUUUCUGCCGCUGCUGGAGCAGCUGCAGCCUUGAACUCUCACCCAAAUGGUAAAGCAGUGAAUAAUAAUUCCAAUAAUACAGCAGCAGCUGCAGCAGCCGCUGCUUUACAACCACCACAUCCUCCUAGAAAUAGAUUGAGAUCCAGCUCGGUUGCUUCUGUCAACAAGUUAUCCGAACUGAACUCUUAUAAGUCAAAAUCAAGAUCAAGCACUUUUUCUUCCAAUUUAAACAGUUCUGACUUGACUCUAGUUCAAGAUUACAACAAAUUGGUUGCUGAAGAGUUAGUGCAUGGUCAAUUUGAAAUUCAAUCGGGUGGAAUGUUUGCUUUCAUCUUUGAUAACUCUUUCUCUAAAACAACCGGUAAAAAAGUUUUAUUCAGUUCCAAAAUUAUUCAAAAUACUUCAGCUUCGUCUUCUCCAAAUAAUACCGCUUCUACGAAUAAUCCUGUUCCCCUUAGACGCAAUUUGACUUCUCAAAAUAGUCAAUUCGAGCUUGGCGGGGGUCAUAACGUAGCUUUCCAAACUUCCCAAACAAAUGAAAAAUUGGAACCCCAUAUUAAAUUUCAACCUAAAAAUGAAAAGAGUGUUAAUUCUGUUAAUUCAAGUCCUUCUGCAACUGUCCCAGGAAACAACAAUGACAUAUUACCAGGAUCUUACACUUCGGCAUCUGAUCAACCGGAUAAUGUAAAUUUUGGAUCCGGUAAUAUUCUUCGUCCUAAAAAUGGUGAAUUAUUACAAAGUGUUUUGUUAAAGAAAAGACGUAAGAAGUUACAAGGUUUCACCAAAAGAUUCUUUGUCCUCAACUUUAAGUAUGGUACUUUAUCUUACUUUAGAGUUAAUGAUAAUAAUUUAAGAGGUCAAAUGCCAAUUAAACAUUCAAUUAUUAGUGCUGACGCUAAAAAAUUAGAAUUGAUUCUUGAUUCCGGUAUGGAAAUUUGGAAUCUAAAAGCAUUAAAUCAAUCCGACUUUGACGCUUGGGUUGAUGCUUUUAAUCAAGUUAAGCAGUUCACUUAUACAGACGAUUCGGACCAAUUACAACCAAAUGGUGUAUCUGGAAAUAAAACUAGUGAUGAUGCAUAUUAUGAUAACGAUGUCGAUUUGGACGAUAAAUCAUCUUCUUUCGUUAAACAAUUGGAGGCAAUUAAUCAUAAAUUAGAGCGUUUGAAAUUAGAAACUGCCAGUAGCUCCCCAAACGCAUUGGCUUCAGCAAUUAACGGUAUUUCAAACGAUGUCAAUUCAUUAAUCAUUGACUUCAAAGCUAAAAAAUCAAAUAAAAGAUUAACCAGCGUAUCGAGAAACGAUGCUGUUUCAGUUUUUUCAAGUAACGAUUUCUAUGAUGCUCAAGAUUAUAUCGAUCAAAUGAAUAGAGGAGUGGUUCUUAUUGGUGAUCAGAAUGAUCAAGUUGAUGAUUCCAAUAGAAUCAAUAAUUUAUAUGUCGAUGAAGAAGAUGAAGAAGAUGACUAUGGAGAAGAUGGAGAUGCAGGUGAUGAUGCAUCAUCUUCAUCUUCAUCUGAUGAUGAUGAGACACCAAGCAUCAUUACUGGUAAUGAUAGCAAAAAACAAAUCGACGAAAAAGAUGUGGUUAAUAGUGAUGAUAACUUAUAUCCAUUGCCUCAUAGCCCUGUCAAUCGUGAUUCAGACAUUCCAAUUUGUAAUCAUGAACCUUUGAGUAUUUUGGGUAUUUUACGUAAAAAUGUGGGUAAAGAUUUGACAUCUAUUCCUAUGCCAGUCGAAAUGAAUGAACCAGUUUCAAUCCUUCAAAAAUAUGCUGAGCUUAUCGAAUAUUGUGACUUAAUUAAUAAUGCUAUCAGUGCCAAUUGCGUUGAAGCUACUGGAGAGAAAAUAUUACGUAUUGCGUCAUUUGCUGUUAGUUAUUUAUCAUCAAUGAGAGCAAAGGAACGUAAUUCACGUAAACCAUUUAACCCUCUUUUAGGUGAAACCUUUGAAUUAGUUCGUGAAGAUUUUGGUAUACGUUUAGUAAGUGAAAAGGUUAGCCAUCGCCCCCCAGUUUUUGCAAUGUAUGUUGAAUCGAACGACUGGAAUUUAAGUUUCAGCCCUGCCCCAGCACAAAAAUUCUGGGGUAAAAAUGCUGAAAUAACCACAAAAGGUAAUGUCACUUUAUCAAUUAAUACAACAGGAGAAAUUUUUACUUGGAAUCAACCAUCCAGCUUAUUGAAAAAUAUUAUCGCUGGUGAAAAAUACUCCGAGCCUUCAUCUUCAAUUACUGUUAAGUCAAAUAACGGUCAAAAAGCUGUUGUUGAAUUUGCAAAAGGUGGUAUGUUCAGUGGACGUUCGGAAGAUUUAACAAUUAAAGCUUUUGACGCCCAUUCUAAAAAAGAAUUACCUUACACAGUUGAGGGUAAAUGGACCGAAACUCUUACUUUGAAGACAAAGAGCACCGAAAAAUUAAUUUGGACUUGCGGUAAGUUAUUACCAAACUCACAGAAAAAGUUUGGUUUUACUGAAUUUGCCGGUACCUUGAAUAAGAUAACCGAACUAGAAAAAGACCAAUUAGCACCUACCGACUCCAGAUUGAGACCGGAUAUGAAAGCAUACGAAGGAGGUGACUUAUCGACUGCAGAAAGAGUGAAGAAUGAGUUGGAAGAAGAUCAACGUCAACGUAGAAAAGUUAUGGAAAAUGAGGGUAAAGAGCAUGAAGUUAAAUUUUUCCAUCAUGUCGGUGAUGGCGGUCCUGAUUCUGGUGAAUGGGUAUAUAAUUUUGGUGAAAAGAGUUACUGGAAUAGAAGAAAGAAUCAAGAUUGGGACGAUCUACUUAAAUUAUGGUAAACGUAAAUACUAAGCAAUAACUAACUAAAAAAAUAUAUAUUAUAUACAUAUUACUAUUAUAGUUUAAGGUUUAAUCUUUCCUCGGAGUUACUUCGAGAAGGAAUAUCGACUAUUUCAGAGGGAUCAUCUAAAGCCCCCGUUGCUAACCCAAUUUCAGUAUUCAUAGUGCCACUAGCAAACCCACCACCAGGUGAAUUUAUGAAGCCGAAACCAUUCUUAUUUUUGAAUAAUAGAAAUUGAACUUGUUUUCUUAAACUAUUAAUUAAGACUCUUUGUAAAUUUAAUUCAUCUUUCAUCAUAAAAUUAUCAUUAACAAGACCAUUCAAUAUAUUUUGAC